AUGGCCUCCCUGCAGACCUUAACCAAGAACUUCUCAGGAUGGGUCUUCUUCUGCUGCUGUUGCUGUCUUCCUCUUCUUCUCACCAGCCCUCUGCCUCCAAAAGGGGAAGGGGUGGCUUCUACUGCCCAUCAAGCCUGCAGGCUCAGGAAGAUCAACUUCCAGCAACCCUACAUCAGGAAUCGCACCUACACCUUGGCUAAAAUGGCAAGGGUCUCAGACCAGGACACAGACAACAGGCUCAUUGGGCAGCAUCUCUAUGUUAACAUCAAGGAAGACAACCGCUGCUACAUGAUGAAGAGGAUUGUGGAGAUCGUAGUGCAAGAUGUCCUCCUCACUAAGGCUAAGGACCAGUACCCAUAUGUUGAGGAGGUGGCACAGUUCUUGGCAUCCCUGACCUCAGAGCUGAGCAGAUGUAAAUUCUCAGGACACAGAGAGCACAUGGAAAAGAACCUGGAAGAAAUGAAAAGCAAAAUGAAGCAGUUGGGAGAGAAUGGAAAGACUAAAGCCAUUGGAGAACUGGAUUUACUCUUUGACUACAUGGAAAAUGCCUGUACUGAUGCCCCAAAGAAGGGAGGGAACAAGAAGAAAAACUGA